CAGAAAACGUUUUGAGGUGGCGACACAUCGAAUCGGUGGUUAAAAAAGGCACCAGAUUAAUAAACGAUUAUAUGUAUUUUCUCUUGCCAUGGAAAGUUAUCCUUAUCCCAUUUGUGUGGAAUUACGCAAUUUGGAGGAAAAGCACAAAGAGCGGAUCGUCUCUUAUUUUAGGAUAAAACGAAAAUCCGGAGGCGGAGAAUGCAGCGAACUAAAACUUCUUCAAGGAAAUGUAUACACCAUUUCCUUUAAAGAGGAGCAAGCUCAACAAAGGGUUCUUGAUGCAAAAGAUCACAUCAUCAAUGUUGCAAAUGAAACAAUCAAAGUCACAGUAUGGAAAAGUGAGGAAGUCAAACCCCCUCAGGAAAUGUUUGCAAAUGAAGAUAACUUUGGAAAGUUUAAAGGUUCUGACACUUGCAGUCCUUCUGUCAGUUCCACCAACAGAGAACACACAAUGGUCCAAAAAGUCGACCCUUAUCUUCGUCAAUACCUCCAAGACUGUAAAGAUGUGGCUUAUGAAUUAAGUCAACAACUUUCACAGAUACAAUGCAGUCCACAGUUCUUGGCAGAAAGUGAUAACACAAUAUUGAUUAAAAUGAGCAGUGGGGAAAAUAGUUGCUCUGAAAAUGUUGAAAGUAUAUUUAAAAGUAUGGCAAAGAAAUACGAAUGCCAUGUUGAAGUGGAUCCUAGAAAACGACAGAUUCUUAUGAAAAUGCCGCAUCUUAUAAAAAAGCCUCUCCAAGUCUACAAUGAACCUACCCAGAGAACCACCGUUAUUGUUGGUCCAAUUGCAGACAUCUAUGAACUUUUAACUGUAGUAGAAGGUGUGGCAUCACAAGACAGGCAGGGAGAAUCAAUGAAAAUUCAAUUAAGGAUGUCAAAACCAAAGUACACCCUUCUUCUUGAUUCAUUUGAAAGGGCCAUGGAAGGGCAAAUAAAGAUAAGCUUUGAUGGCAAGUCUGCUAUGUACCUUGAAGGAACCCCUGAUGCAGUAAAAAAAGGAGCAUGUAAAUUUCAAGAGCAAUCAAAGAAAAUCCUUGAGGAAACCAUUGAUGUAAAAAGUUUCUUGAAGACUUUCUUGAGAUUGAAAAGCACCCAAGACACUCUGGCUACCUUACUCAGUUCUCAAGGUAUUGCUGUAACCAUGGAUAUUGACCUUGAUGUGACAUUUUUUGGACUUUCUAUGGAAAUGCUGGAAAAUGCUAAAAAGAUAUUACUUACAAAACUAUUGCAAGAAGAAGAAAAUCUACCAGAAAGCUUCAAAACAACUUCCAAACUGGAAAAACUGAAGAAGUUUGUUCAAGAAACAGAAGAUCAAAUAAACAAGGUGACUACAAAAGUCAAAAUUCAGGAGGUUGCCCAGUGGCAGAGAAUUUGUGUGGCAGGCUUUACAGAAAAUGUCAGAUAUGUAAUCAAAACUCUUAAGGACUAUUUUGAUAAUAAUGCCUUGACAACACUAGAAGUUCCUUUACAGUUUCCUCAGGUAGCUAGUUGUUUUCAUGACCUUCUAAAUUAUAAAGAUCUGCAGUUUAGUGGUGUUGAAUUGCAAAUUGUUGAAACGAUUCCUCUCAAAGUCAAUAUUACUGGACCUCAACAGCUAGCCUCUAAUGUUCAAAGAUCCAUUGAAAAAGCUUUGCGCUCAGUGAUUGUAGAGGUUCUUGUCAUCUCGAAGCCUGGGGCUUACAAGUACUUCAGUGAGUGUGGAAGGACAUACAUUUCACUGUUCAGCAAAAAUUGCAAAUGUGUAAUUGAGCUUAAAGAAAGCACUAGCAUCAAAGAACUGAACUCAAGUGAAACACAAAGGGACUUAUGUGGCUUUGAGCUGGAAACAGGCCUAGUGCUUUCACUUCGACAAGGUGAUAUAACUAAACAAAAAGUAGAUGUUAUUGUAAAUGCAGCUAAUGAGCUGUUAAGUCAUGGUAAAGGUGUAGCUAGUGCCAUUAGCAAAGCUGGAGGCUCUGAAUUUCAAAGGGAAUGCUCUGAACUGGUAAAACGCCAAGGGCAAAUAAAGACUGGCACAGCGGUGCUGACAAAUGCAUGGAAAUUACCUUGUAAAGCAGUCAUUCAUGCUGUUGGUCCAAACUGGAAUGAGGAAAAGGAUGUGAACAGAGUGAAACAGUUGCUUGGAUCAGCCAUUAAGGAUGCAUUGGAAAUUGCAGAGAAAGGGGGCUUUCAGACCAUGGCUAUACCCUGUGUGUCCUGCGGAAGAUAUAAUGUGCCAAUAGAAAUUGGUGCAGAAUGUGUUAUUUCAACAGUGAGAAACUUUGCCAUAAUACCCCGCAAGGUGCGUUCAAUAACAAUUGUUGAUAUCAACAGAGAUACACUGGGGAAGUUCCAGGGUGCUUGCCAUAAGCUUCUAGGAAAAGGAGGAGCUGCUUCAAAUCAGAAUUUCAAAGAUGAAAAAGCAUCAGAUGUUCAAAUGUCCACAGAUGACGUUACAAACUCAAACCUGCAAGUUGAAGUUGUUUUGGGAAGUCUGGAAAACCAGAAGGCAGAUGCUUUGGUUGUUCCACUUCCGCAUACAUUGGAUAUAAAUACCACUAAAGUUUCCAAGAAUUUAAUUGAACGAGCUGGAAAACAAUUAAUAAACAGAUUUGAUGACUCAACCAAAAAUAAAAAAAUUAGUCCUGGGGAUGUGGUACCAGUACAGGAAGUACCAAACCUUGAAUGUAUCCAAGUCCUUUAUUUAGUGUGCCUCAAAUGGGACGGAGCUCAAGGGAAGGCUUUAGAGAUUCUUAAAAAAACCUUCCAAGAUUGCUUGGAACACUGCCAUCUCAAUGCUCUACAAUCAGCUGCCAUACCUGUGAUUGGUCCAGGAAAGAUCCUGGGUUUUCCACAUGAUGUUGCCAUCAAAGCUUUGCUAGAGGAAAUCAGCCGAUUUGAGAAGGUCUGUCCCAGUUGGUUAAAAAAAGUGAGAAUUGUAAUUCAUCCUGAUGAUAAAGUGUCUUCAAAGGUAAGUUUGAUAUCAAAUGCAGACAUAAUUAAGUAA